AUGGCGACACUACUCCCGCACGUAAAUAGCGUUAAGGAAAAGGCGUUGCAGACCUUUACCGAGAAAUUCGGCGAGCAGGCUGUCGUUUGCGUGUACGGGCCAGGACGUGUCAAUCUUAUCGGCGAGCACACUGAUUACAACGAUGGCUUUGUAUUGCCGAUGGCACUGCCGAUGGUCACGGUAAUAGUUGGGAAGUCUCACAAUGGUAAAAAAACCAGAAUUCUUUCCUUAAGUGACAUGAUCGGCGAUAUAAACGAGUUCCAAUUUGAAGCUGGAAGUCGAACUGAUAUAAAACCGGGAGAGCCAAAAUGGGCAAACUAUAUAAAAGGAUGUAUCGCCAAUUUUAUUUGUGACGUUCCCGCUUUUAAUGCUGUAAUUGUAUCAACUGUACCAGCAGGAGCCGGGCUCAGUAGUUCUGCAGCUCUAGAAGUAGCGACUUACACCUUCUUGGAGACCUUGAGUGGGAAAAAACCGGAGAAACCAGAACUAAAG